CACCGUGAAGCCAGUCUUGUCCCGACGGUCGCCGCGGACGCACGUGUUCGAAGCGCGUACCACCUCGUGAAUUACGACUCCCAGAAAUUAUGUAAAAAAAUGUGCUGUUACAAUUUCGCUGUGUGAAGAUCACGUGUGUUGAUUUCUCGUGUUUUCUUAUAAUUUAAUUUUUUCUCUCGCCACAAAAUUAAUUGAUUGGUUUAAAUGUUUUAAUUUUCGAAUUUGCAGUUUGUCGAGUCUUUUGAGGGUUGAUGUGCGUGUGUUACGUUUGACGUUCUGUUUUUGAAAAUUCGCAGUUUAUAUAUUUUUUUCUUGUUUGUGGUGCUGAAGGUGAUUCGUUUUUUUUUUGGAUUUGAAAAUAGAAGAUUUCUAUCAAGUAACUGAAAAAUUGAUGUGCCAUUGAGAAACCCGACUUACAGAGCCGUGACCGAACUGUGCAGAUCACUUCAGCAGAUUUGAAGCUCAAGAAAUAAGGUAAUUAAGAUCAGUCCGUCUGGCUGGCGGGGUCAACGCCCUGAAAACACCCAACCAAGGAACGAAAGGACUGGAUACAACACUUCUACUGAUACGCUGAUUCAAAAGACAUCACAGAUGACAUAACGAACAAAAUGUCAAUGUCAACGAGGUAGCCAUUACAAAUCCAAUAUGGCGGCGCACGACAAAGAUUGGGUCGAUUACUUCGGGGAUUUUAACGACACUAGACAAAUAGUAGACAGUGACAGUACAGAUUUGGACAUUUCAAAGCUUAAUUAUUAUGAUAACCAGACCUACCCCGGUUAUUCGAACUUUAGUUCAGACGAUUUUUGCCUGUCAAACCAUUCGCAUUUCUACUUGAACGUCACUUGCGAGUUCCCGAUUAAUUAUGCGGAACCUAUGUAUGGAUACAUAGCUCCGUUCCUCCUAGCAACAACGACUGUGGCGAAUACUUUAAUCGUCGUGGUUCUAUCAAGACGCCAUAUGCGAACACCGACGAACGUUGUACUAAUGGCUAUGGCUCUCUGUGAUAUGUUCACCAUGCUAUUCCCGGCACCGUGGCUCUUCUAUAUGUACACUUUUGGAAACCAUUACAAGCCCCUCAGUCCGGUUAGAGCGUGUCAAGCCUGGAAUUAUAUGAACGAGGUGAUACCGGCGAUGUUCCACACAGCGAGUAUCUGGCUGACCCUGGCUCUGGCGGUGCAGCGCUACAUCUACGUGUGUCACGCACCAGUCGCGCGGACGUGGUGCACAAUGCCCCGAGUGAUGAAGUGCCUGGUGUACAUUGGCGUGGCUGCCUUCCUUCAUCAGCUGCCCAGGUUCUUCGACCGUCGAUACGUGCCACAGAUCACAGUCUGGCGAGGACACUUCGAAGAAGUCUGCAGAAUCGAAAUGGCUCCGUGGGUGCAGGCGAUAUCUCUGGAUGCCUACUUCAUAACUUACUACGGUUUCCGAGUCCUCUUCGUGCACCUCAUACCUUGCACCUCCCUGGUGGUCCUCAACGUCCUCCUCUUCAGAGCAAUGAGGACCGCCCAGAUCAACAGGCAAAGACUCUUUAAAGAAAACAGAAAAUCCGAGUGCAGAAAACUAAGAGACUCCAAUUGCACAACUCUGAUGCUUAUUGUCGUUGUAACAGUCUUCCUUUUAGUCGAAAUUCCCGUGGCAGUGGUCACCAUUCUCCAUAUAAUAUCAAGCACCAUAGUUGAGAUCCUAGAUUACUAUAUAGCCAACAUUUUGAUCCUUAUAACAAAUUUCUUUAUUUUAGUCUCUUAUCCUAUUAAUUUUGCUAUUUACUGUGGUAUGUCUAGGCAGUUUAGGGAGACUUUUAAGGAAUUGUUUAUUAGAGGGGCUGUGACCAGCCGCAAGAAUGGUGGGUCCAGUAGAUACUCCUUGGUAAACGGCCCCAGGACAUGCACUAAUGAGACCGUGCUCUAAAUCACGGUGCUCUUGUAAAUAUUCUUAUGAUAGAGUAAGGUUUUUGAUUUGUUUAUCUCUGUCUAUGUAUCUAGUACUAGGGACAUAUCAAUGAACAAUUUAUUUUCUGAACUUAACAUAUUUCGAACGAUUUAUCCUUCCUAUUGUAAAGGUGUAUUUUUUCAUUUGUCUCUUUUUUUAGUUUGUAUACAAGUUUAGAAUACAUUUUCGUUCAUAAGUGUAUACUUAUACAUACAUAAAGCGACGAUUUUCUACUAAAUGUAUAACAUUUGUAUAAAACCGAUGUUUGAAAAAUUAAUGUUUAUACAACAAUUAGGGAUUGUGUAAUAAAAUGUAGAAUUAGUAAUGUAUAAUUUGCAUUUACAUUCUGCUUAUUGUAUAAAUUUGUUGAUAUAUAAUUUUUGGGUACUUUUUCGUGGCUGUGAGAUUACCUGAUCAUAAAAUAAGAAAUAAAUUAAAUUUGUUAAAUGUUAAAUAAAUAAUUUAAAUAAAUUGAUUAGCUGAUCCCACAGCCUUCAAAUGGCGAGCCCCCAUUUCGGAAAAGUAUCACUAUACAAUAAAAUACAAUUAUACAUUUUGUAAAUAUUAUAAAACGAAAAAUAUAAUAAAUAUAAACAAUAAUUUAGUUCUGAAUGUGCUUUUAUUAAAUGUACAAUUUAUUUUUAGGAUAAACAUGAACGAUUUAUAAGGUAUUUGUAAAAUUUAUAUAAAAAUAAUAAUACUUUAUUGAUUAAAUUAAUAAAAAAGUAGAUAAAUGUAUAAAAAUGUGUAAGUAUUUAUAUAAAAUAUGAAAUGGUACUAAAUGUUUAUGUGUAAACUAUGUUAUUAAUGUUUGUAUUGCUUCCUUAUUUAAAUAGUAGAAAUAUUUGAAAUUAGAACUUAGGACAAAAUAGAGCUUAACGUUAGGACAAGACUUGGUAAGACAAAUCUUUCAACAAUCGCGCUACAAUCGCCCCACAAUCGCACAACAGUGGCGCGACAAUCGCUGUUGUCUUGACACUAACGUUCUAUUAGAUAAAAUCCUAAAAUAAACUUUACAGCGACAGUAAUAGGACCUAAUUUAAAAUGUAAAGCAAUUUUGUAAAUUGAUUCGGACCAUGGCGGAUUGAACAUUAUAUUAGGUGCAUAUUAUUAAAUAAAUAAAUUGUAUAAUA